GCCACCUGACAGAUACGAUAUACGGGGCUAGUGUCACGUGAUAGGCAGCCCUCCUUGUUAUCUCAUGGUCACGAGCGUCGUCAGGGGUGAUAACUCUCGAAGCACAUGGCCUUUAGACUGUCGCUGUUAGUUCUCGAGGUUAUGUCAAGGCAUCAUGGCGACGUUGUCUUUGCUAGAGACAUUUAUGCGCACUCAGAAGCGAGUGAGCUACGGAACGAUACCGACUUGUGAAGAGACAGGUGUGACGUCAAACACAAGAGGCCUGUGGGAAAACAUGGCGGGCAUCUGGCCCAAGAUCAAGUCCAUACGACCUCAGCUGAUCAUUCUGCUGACACCACUCCUGACUCUCCCGCUCCCGCUCAUCGUCAAGACAUCGGAAGCAAAAUGCGCCUAUGUCCUCAUCCUCAUGGCAGUCUUCUGGAUCAGCGAGUCGGUGCCCAUCGCGGUCACGGCCCUGUUGCCGCUCUUUCUUUUCCCCAUGAUGGGGGUCAUGCCAGCGGCCACAACUGCCAAGUCGUACAUGAGUGACAUCCUUAUCCUCUUUCUGGGCGGACUGAUGGUGGCCGUCGCCAUCGAGCGUUGGAACCUACAUCGACGGAUAGCACUUAGAGUUCUCAUGCUCGUGGGCGCUGAGCCAAGAUGGUUGAUGCUGGGUCUGAUGCUGGCCACGUGGUUCCUGUCCAUGUGGAUCUCCAACACUGCCACCACCGCCAUGAUGAUUCCCAUCACAGAGGCCAUCCUCCAGCAGCUCAAGACAGCGCACACAGGUUCAGAAGGAUCAGUUGAUGAAGACGACACGAAGGACAAGGGGAAGGUCAGAAACGGUAGAGCUGAUGACGGCGACAAAAACGAUAAUACUUUCAACUCACAGAAUAAAGAGAUAAUAGUCAGCGCAGAGGAAGGCAUGACAGCCACAAAGGAAAAAGAGAAGGAAGACCCACACAUCCGGUUGAUGGCCAAGGGGAUGUCCCUCAGCAUCUGCUAUGCUGCUAACUCUGGGGGUAUCGCUACCUUAACUGGAACGGGACCCAACCUCAUCUUCAAGGACGCUAUUGACUCGUUGUACCAUGAGUAUGGGCAAACUUCCCCUGUGACCUUCGCUUCGUGGAUGGGCUUCGGGUUUCCCCUCUCAGUCCUCGUGCUUCUGACGUGCUGGGUCCUGCUGCAGAUCGCUUUUCUUCGCUGCAGGGGUCUGUCGACCUGUUGUGUCAGCAGCGAGGAGCGAGCAGCUCGGAACGCCAGGGUGAAGGAGAUCAUCCGUAGCGAGUACAUCAAGCUGGGAUCCAUGACGUUCGCAGAAGGCUCUGUGCUUUUCUGGUUCGUCACUCUCGUCUUGCUGUGGAUCACACGGGACCUGAGCGGUGUCGGAGGCUGGGGAAUUCUCUUCGAGAAAGACGCCGUCAAAGAUUCCACACCAGCCAUUUUUAUUGGCUUCAUUCUCUUCGUUUUUCCAUCUGUACUACCAUUCAUGAAAAGAAAAGGCAGAUACGACAUCAACAAUAGUGAGAACACAGGAGGCCUGGUGCCCCCGCUGCUGAGCUGGCCCGUCAUGCACUCCAAGUUCCCAUGGUCACUCAUGCUGUUGCUCGGCGGUGGCUUCGCCUUGUCCGAUGGCUGCAGGGCGUCAGGGCUGUCCAACUGGAUAGGGAAGCAGCUGGAGGUGUUCUCAGGGGUCGACAAGUGGGGGAUGCUGUUCAUCAUCUGCUUCAUCGCUGCAGCCGCCACGGAAGUCACCAGCAACUCCGCCAUCGCUAUUCUCUUUAUGCCCAUCCUCGGUCGUCUGGCGGUGAACACAGGGGUGCACCCGCUGUACUACAUGAUCCCUGGCGCCGUCUCCUGCUCCUUCGCUUUCAUGUUGCCAGUGGCAACGCCACCCAACGCCAUCGUCUUCUCCUACGGUCACAUCCGCAUCAUCGACAUGAUUGGCACUGGCUUCAUCAUGAACAUAUUGGCUGUUCCUCUUCUUGUCCUUGCUACUGGAACCUGGGGAGACCGCCUGUUUGACUUUCAGACACUACCCCAGGGGCAAAUGAAUGCGACGAGCCUGCUGUGAGGGCCGACAGAGGAACCUGUCUUCCUUUCUGUGCUGGCAACAAACUUUACUCUGCUUACAACAUUCUAAAUCCAAGGUCUUUCUGUGACACGUGUGUUGAAGAUGCAGAGAAUGCACGUCCAGAAAAUUGUAAAACAACAGGGAUCAUUGUACUGGACUUUCACUGUUCAUCGCUGCAUUUUCUUUGUGUGUUGUGCUCUUGGGUAUGAUUCACUGAGAGGUUCACUGAGUGCGGGUAGGCUGUACACGAGUUUGCAUGACGGUUUGUGCGCAUGCUCCAGUCAAAUCCUCAUGCCCACUCAUCCAGUGUUUGAAUGUUACCAGACAUAAACAAUGAGAAAAGCAUCACCAACUCUAUUUAGUCUUAUAAAGACUUAUUUUUAUCGUUUUCUUCAAGUAAAAUUAUUCUAAUUACCCAGAUAUUUCAAAAUCUUCAGUGGUCUUAACUUUUACGCGUUUGUUGACGAAGAUGUGUAGAAUAUACAUUUCCACAUCUUUUGAAGUUGUCUGUGUACCGGCCACACGCCGAUUGAACUGUUGAGUGACUAACUUACUAACUCAGUAACUCAUCCAUUCAGUCACUCCUCAUUCCACCCAUUGUGAAUAAACUGUCUAAUGCAUCGUGAGAUAUUGCUUGCAAAAGUGUGUGUGUGUGUGCGUGUGCGAGUUUUCUAUCACGGACUUGUAUUGCCCUGGUUUCUAUGAAUUACUCCUUGUACAAAGGCAUUUUACUCUUGUUUUUUACAUUUUUUACAAUGACGAAUAAACCAGUUUGACAAAUAGAAUCUCUCAGACUGGCAGUUCUUUUAAUCUGUGCUUUGAGAAGUCUGAAUAAAUAACAAUUUAUCAAAUAA